AUGGUCAGUUUUUUGCUUAUUUUCUCAACUUGUGAAGAAUUUUUCGUAGUAUAAACGGAAAUCGAUGAUCAGAAAGCAAAUAAAAGGGAAAAUGGAGAAGUGAGAAAUUAUAUUCACUUUUUUGGCGCAUUUUUUGAGCUGGAAAGAAGUUUUGAAGGUUGAUAUUGAGGAAGUUUCGGUAGAAAGUAAGGAAAAAAAAAGAAAUGGCCGUUUUCCCCACCUUUUCAUAUACAGAGUGGUAUGAGGAAUCGCCCGCUACUAUGAGUGAGUUUAUCUAGGAAUUCUCUUCUUUGGCCCUUAUCACUAACUGCAGGACAAAAUAUUGCACAUUUUCGGGAGACGCAGACUUUUUGGGUUUCCCUCAAACAUGUUGUUAUAUUUUGAAGAGAAGGGCAAAAGUUCCUGUAAUUUCUCAUGAAAUUAUGGGAAAACCUUCAUUUUUUCCGAAUUGUUCCCUUUUUCCUUUUCAUUUUUCUGUGAAAAACAAAUUUUCAUCAGAAACAUACUUGGAAUAACCUCGGCUUGGCCGCAAACUGGAGGAGGGACUUGACGAAAAAAAAAAGUUAAAAAUUUUAGGUGUGCGAACUGAGAUAUUUCAUUGAAUGCACUAUAAAAAAAAAGCUUUCAUAAAAUCGAAAAAUUGUUCUGAUUUUUGGAUUCAGCGUAGUCGAUUUAGUCUAGAAACAGGUGUAAAAUGGGGGGGGGGGACUUGGCUGACGCCAUGCUCACUCAUUCCAUGUAUGAUCAGAAAGUAAAAAAAUAAUGGAAGUUUUUUUCUUAAAAAAAGCCGUUGUUGAAAUAAAAAAACCUUUAGAACUUUUUUUCAUGGUUUUAAAUAAAUUUGGAGGUUGGUGAAUAAAAUUAUUACCUUUUUGAACAAAAAAACAGCUUUAGUUUUUAAACACUUUUUUUCAAAAACUUUUUUUCUUUUUUUGCAAAUCGAGUUUUUUUCAGGACUUUCCGUGAUUAGAUUGAAUGUCGACAAUAUUUUCCUUAUCAAGGAUAAUUUUGAAUGUCGUUCGCCACAAAUAAGUUAAGCUUCUUCCUGUUUUUUAUGGCUCUCUUGACAUUUCCAACACCCUUUUUUCGAAGAUGACAAUGACCGUUUUGGAAGCAAAUUCGAGAAAAAUAUACAGUUCUUGUCAUAAAUAUGUGCCUUUUCGAUUUUGUAGGCUACCACUUGGCUCUAAAUUAUAGGAAUCUACUGUAAUUUCGAAUAUUUAUGCACACCAUAAUAGACUCGAGUGAGAUCAUUUUUUAAAAAUUUAAAAAAAGCAAAAAAUAUUUUGCUUUUUGAAGGUAGAAAAAAAGAAAAUUACAUUAAAAACUGGUUCUCAGUAGAGCGAACUUCCCUUACAACUCAUUCGGCUCUCAAAACCGAACCUACGACCCCUUUCUUGUUAGGUGUCAAUCUACCCAACUGCUCCAUCCUGCUCUUAGAAAACCUAAUCAUUUUUUUUUUUCUUUUUUCAUGAUUUAUUAAAUUAUGAGCUAAACAGGAGGAAUAUAAGUUUCCAGACUUCGAGUGGCAAUUUUUUUUUGAUAUCAGUUUCAAUCCGAAAAUUUUUUUUUCUCAACCUAAAACUGAAAAUCAUCCCAAGUAUCUUCAAGAAGCCACUUUAGUGGUCGCUUGCGGAUUUCUGAGAAAAAGUUGUUACUAUUGUAUAAAUGCGGUUCAUUGACCUCAUGGCUACCUUUGGAGUUAGUAUGAGCGAUUGUUUCUCAAUUUCUCUCGCACCCUCCUCAUAACAUCCGUUCUAUCGCCUCAAGCAAAACUGACAGAGGAAAGGGACGGGAGAUAAGAAAUUGACGCCGACUAGAGAAUUUUUCUUGGUUUUAUUUUCAAUAUUUUUCAUUUCAAAUUGACUUUCCUGCAAUCCCUGUAUUUUUGUUUCUCGAGUUUCCCGUUCUCAAUUUGGUUUUCCUUUCUUGAAACCUGUCCAAAUUUUUUUUUUUGAAAUAUUGCGAAAUUCAGGCUUUUAUUUUUCAGCAAGCCUGCCCUGAUUUUUGUUAACUUUUAAUGAAAAUUGGAGCUUUUUUGUCGAUAUCUUAGAUAUUCUGGUUACUGUAGUUACUUCUAAAACUCUGAUUUUCGCCUAUAGCUAAUUCACGGCUCACUUGAACAAUCGAAAAAUGAGUCCUGAAACGAUAAGAAAAGGGCGAGAGAGAGGAGAGCGCAGACAAGACACGCCCCACAGCCUUAUAUUAUUUUUGCUCUUAUUUAGCGAAACUUGAAAAAUUCCGAUUCAUGACGGCUCUCUGUCCUCCCCUCGACUAUGUCACGUUUCCUUGCCUUUUCCAUGUUUCCAUCACCUCACCGGCGAGAGAUAAGAGACGCAGAUAGGUCAGAUUCGUUCAAGCUGUGGCAAAACGACUAUUACAUUCAUAACUUUGCAUUCUUACAGAGCCGACGGAUGACCACAAAAUUUGAGCUGGACCAGCAAAAACAGGAAUACCUGAAUAAGAAAAAUGAAUGUCUCGAAAGAAUCAAGGUCGAAAAAGAAAAGGAACAAGAACUCUUUGAAGGAAUCAUGACGGCGUUGAAGAACACGCACGAAAACUUCAAGAAGAACAUUUAUGAAGAGCACAAAACUGAGGAUGGACGUCAACAGCUGAAAUUCUUCGAAAACGAAAUGAGAAAACGAGAAGAAGCUCAUAAGAAGAAGAUGAAGCAGUUCCAAGAGCAGAUCAAAGGGAUCGAGACUGAGAUCCGCAAGUUCCUUCACGAUCGACGCAAUCUUUCGACCGAUCAAGACGUGAGUUUUCUUUGGAACUGAAGCUUCUCGCUUCGAAGUCGGGCUAUCGAAAAGGGAGUUUCCACACAAAAUUACCUGAAAAAAUUCAACAAUAUUAUCUGACAAGGGUCUUUCUCAGCACCGAGUUGAAUUUUCUAUGAAGAUGUACUUCAGAACCUUCUUAUUUCAGAACAAGGAAAGAAAUUUCUCGAUUUUGACUCAAGUAAAAUUCAAUGAAACUUCAUCGUGGUUGUAAGGCAUACUUAAAAACGCCAGAAUGGUCUUCAUAGGGAUCAGAGAGAAAAACAGACCCUGUAGGAGAUAAGAAGUUCUCCCUAUAGGGCUGAAAUUCAAAUGAUCCUUAUAGGGGUUAAGGUCUGAUCCGUGACUUCAUAACCUUCUCCUUUAAGGGCCCCUAAUUAAAAGCUUGACUAGGACCAUUUUUGCAAGCCUCCGGGGCCCCUAUAGGGGUCGGUUAAAUGGUCCCUAUAUGAGACCCUCCAAGGGCCCCUAAAGUUGCCCCUGUAGAACCACUCUCGAGGGAAGUAAAUCCCUGGUGAGAUUAUCACAAUGGUCUGCUCAGAUUUUGAAUUUCAUUUAAAAUGACGUCAUUCAAAUACGCUAUUUGCAUGGCUCGCUCUCUGAUUGGUUCUUCGCGCCAUUCGGGACGGAGCUUAAGUGACGAAAUCUUAACAGACCAAUUCACUGUUUUAGUGGCCUUCAGGAAUUCUUCAAAUUCUUUUUCAGUUUGAAGAUUUAGCCGACGAGGUCAAACGUGACUUUCCGGAGACUCCUCAGCAGGAUUAUAUGGUUAUUCUUAUUUUAUUUAUCAAGAAAAAAAGUAUUUCCAGAAGCAGGUCAGCAGUUGGGUGAACAAAAUGUCAAAUGAACUAUCUGAAAACUUUGUGAGUCUUUCAAUGAAUUCUAUACCUUUUUCUAUAUUUCAGAAACGGUUUGCCGGAAGCAAAGAUGAGGAGGAUGAAGACAGUGACGAGAAAAUGAAGAUAAUGUUGAAGAAGCACCAGGAAAUGAUGGAUCGUGACAGAAAGGAACACGAAAAAGCCAUGAAACUGGCCGAAGAAGAGUUCGAAAAGAAAGAGAAGGAAAUGCGAGAAAAAGAAGAGAAGGAAAACUUGGAGGAGGAAGAAAAUCGAAGGAAAGCUGUCGAAGAACGUCGGGCCGUGGAGCAGAAGAAGGCCGAGGAAUUCUCUGAAAAAAUCAAGAAAGACGCCGAAAAACACUGGGAAAAGAUACAGGACCACCAAGAAAUCAACAAGAAACGGAUCGCGGACCUGGAGGAGAGGAAUCGACUGGAAGCCCAACGAAGAUGUGAAAAGUUCGAAGAAGAACGUCAAGUUGCUGCGAAAAAAGAAGAGGAGAAGAAUCGGGCGUUUGAAGAAGAACGGGAAGUCUUCGAAGACGAGGAGAGAAGAAAAGAAGCCGAUCACCAGGAGAAAAUGAAGGAGAUCGACGAGAGAAUGGCUCGAGACGCCCGGGACCACGAGGCGAGGGUCGAGGAGAUGAAGGAACGCGGGCGGAAGGAUUUGGAAGAUCAAAUGGACCGCUUUGAGCAGCGACGGCGUGAACAGCAAGAGUGUCUUCAGAUGUUGAGGAACUUCAUGAUCAGGCAGACCUGGAAUCGGGUAGGUCCCGGAGAAUGGCUCAGAGCGCUGCGGUUGCGGCGCGGACGCCUUGGUCGAGUGUUUGAUAACCGCGACGCCUUGAGUUGUUCUAUGAUAUCCCAUAACUCAAAAAUCGUGAAAUGAAAUAAUAGCCUCAAAAAUUAGAGUAAUGGGGAAGAAAGCGCGCUCCACGGCUAAUUUCAUUAAUUACUUCUAACCUGGAAGAGAAUACAGCCGCUCGACCCAAAAAAAUAGUCAAUUUUUUGAAUUUUCAAACAUUGCUACUGGGAAAAUGUUCUAGUGACCACUAUAGAGCCUCGCCAAGGACUACUUGGAGAGGACACUAAAGCGGCCACUAAGCCCUCCUCUAUAGUGGCCACUAUUUUCCGUUUAAGUGGCCACUAUAGAGAUUUUGCUUUAGUGGCCACUUCAGUAGUUUUUCAUCCAAUAUUCCUUCCAUUUACCCCUGAAGUGGCCACUUAAAUUCUAAGUGGUCUAGUGGUAGCACUUCGACCACUAAAGUGGCUUCUAAUUUUUAACCUCUUAAGUGGCCACUAAUUUGACUACUAUAGUGGCCACUAAAACGUCAACCCUAUAUUGGCCACUAAAAGUUUUCCCAGUCUAGUCCAUUUUUCGCGAAUCGAAAGGGGGAUUUCUCUGCGCCCUCCUUUUCUCGGCGACCCUCUCAUCAUGGCGUGCUAUUUCCAUGCUUCUCUGACCUAGCCGGUGAGAGAACAGAGAGACGCAGACAAGCGAAAAAUUUCAAGUCGCGACGAACAGACUAUAGCCGAUUCACGGCUAGCUUGAGACGCUAAGAGGGCGUGGCCUGUCUGCGCUCUCCAAGAACCAGGCACUAUCUCGGUCUCAUUUUUCGAUGGCUCAAGCCAGCCAUGAAUCAGCUAUAUACAAAAAUAAAGACAAAACCCUGAAAAAGUCCAUUUUUUUUUUCCUAUUUUGAUUAUCUCUUCUGAAUCCAGAUGGUCGAACGGCGAUGGGCUCAACGAUUGAUGUAUCUGAGAGGCUCCGUUGAAAUCCUAUCCCGACCCUUUUCGGAGAUUCGCAACGAGGUUUGGGAAACGUUUCAAAACUUAGGUUUCGUACGAACUAGCCACUGCUCCAUAGAAAUGAAAAAAACACUUGAUCAGUAGCUGUUUUUUCAUCAGUUCAACCUCUAGUAAAUAAUUUCAUUUCCAGAUCUCAAACUACCGUUUCUCUCGGAAGGAUGAAGCUGCGAUCAAGAGACGAACGGACAUUUUGAAGGUUGUCCCAAUUUUUUUUCCUCAUUCAAAAACAAGUGUGGGAUCUUUAAGUUUUCACACAAAAUCAAUUUCGAGCCAUUUUCAGCUCUUGGAAGAGCCAAUCAACUUGGCGAUCUCUCAACUAAUUGCUCGGAUGGAAGCGGAAGCUCAAAAUAUGGCCGGACUCUAUGAAAAUGUCAAACCUGAACCUUUCCUUUUGGAAAUCAAGGUAUCAAGAAACUGUGCUGCUGGGUAGCGCUUCUAAACGAAACAAAAAACUACUGAACCCUGAAGCGAUCACUAAUUUCGUUUAAAGUCUCACCCCUCAAGUGAGCACUUGACGUUAUUUGAAAGGAAAAGCAAAAAAAUCUUGUGGAGCCCGUCUAAAAUUAAACAUGCGGAACUCUCAAGGGGUCCCUCACAGAACUACUCUAAAUGGAACCCUCAAGUGAUCACUAUUUUCUUUUAAUAGUCUCACCCCUUAAGUGAGCACUUGACGUAAGCAAAAAACUCUUAUGGAUCCCCUCAAUUUCUCUAUGAAUUUAACACGGAGGAACUCUCAAGGGGUCACUCACAAAACUACACAAGUGGAACCCUGAAGUGAUCCCUAUUUUCAUUUCAAAGUCUCACCCCUCAAGUGAGCACUUGACGUAAGCAAACAUUCUUGUAGAUCGCAUCGAUUUUUCUCUAAAUUUAAACAUGGGGAACUCUCAAGGGGUCACUUGAAAAACUACUCGAAGUGGAACCCUGAAGUGAUCCCUAUUUUCAUUUCAAAGUCUCACCCCUCAAGUGAGCACUUGACGUAAGCAAACAUUCUUGUAGAUCGCAUCGAUUUUUCUCUAAAUUUAAACAUGGGGAACUCUCAAGGGGUCACUUGAAAAACUACUCGAAGUGGAACCCUGAAGUGAUCCCUAUUUUCAUUUCGAAGUCUCACCCCUCAAGUGAGCACUUGACGUGAGCAAAAAACUCUUAUGGAUCCCGUCAAUUUUUCUCUGAAUUUAACACAAAGGAACUCUCAAGGGGUCACUUACCAAAUCCCAAAGAAACCCUCUAGGGACCACUCCAACUCCCGACUGUUUCAACUAAAAAAAAAUCAAAAUUCAGCUCCUUUAGUGACCACUUGCAAAGUCAUUCUCAGCGUAGUUGCUUUUUCAGAGAAGAGUCCUCGAAGCGGCUGAAGAGUGCAGGAAGUUUAAAAGCGCCGUCGACAACGCCUAUGAAAAUGUGAGAUUUCAAAAAAAAUUAUUUGCUCGAAAAGAGCCUUACUAAAAGAUCUGUUCCAAGUUUACAGAACUUUGAUGAAGAUUCGCUGGAGAAGUUCAUGAAAGCCAAAAGUGCCGUUGGAGAUGCUCACGGUCGAAUUCCGACUCUGAACGACCUCAAGGAGCAGUUCGAGUUCUCGAAAAACGAGAAGAAGGAAAGUGAUGAUGAUGAAGAAUGUGAUGAAAGCUAUGAACAUGACGUCAUCAUCGAAGAAAUCGAAGAGGACGUGGAAAACGGAGAGACGCAGGUACUAUGA